AUGGGGUGCACACCUUCGCACAAUGACAUUGUUAGUAGUGUCACCAAGAAUGGGAUCCAGUUUUUCAAAAAGCCCAAAGCAACUUUGCCGGGACCUCAGGAGGGUGGUGAAAGAUGCUCUAUCCCUCUGCUGCUCCCCACCUCCACCUGCUAUGACUCUGGGGGAGGCUUGUCCCAGGGACAGAGGCUGGCAGGAGAGCAGCCAAGGUCCAGGCAGACCCAAGUCCCAGCCGAAGGUCUUUAUCAGCUUACAAGAGAUCCCACUGCAGGCAAAGGGAAAGAUAUGGAAAGACUACCCCUCAAAGCCAAAACCUCCCUGUUCCACAUGGACAAAUCACAAAGCCACAUGGCUAAGGACAUUCUGUCUAAGACACAGAGCUCCCACGGGUCACAACGGAAGGCCGGGUCACUCUCUGGGGAAGAGAAUGAAGAAACUAAUACCCGGCAAAGGAAGCUGAGUUGCCACACGUGUGGCCAACAGAGCCAAUGCUGCCAAAACAGCAUUCCUGCCCAUGAGCCUGAAGGCAAAGUGGACUUCCCUGAGCCCCUGGUGAAAGCCCACCAGCACGCUUAUACCUACCUACACUCCUGCCUCUCCAAAUAUGAAGCAAUUCUGUGCAUCACACAUCAGGCCACCCAGACCCAAGAGCUGCUGCAGCCCAUGGUCAGCUUCCUGCUUCUGUGCUUUGAUGAGGUCAACCGGCUCUUGGGGGAGAUCUCCAUGGAUGGAGAAGUGCUCCUCCAAGAAGUUAGGGAGGACCUGGCUUGGCCGUUGAGGAAAGGAGAGCCCCAGGAGCAGCCAGACCUCCUGCAACAGCUUCUACAGCACACAGUCAGCAAGCUGCUGGCACUCAGGGGCACGGUGGCCUCAGUCACUGGCCACUUCCUGGAGAGCUCCAGCAGUUACUUCCAUGCCACUGUGAGCCACAUGGCAAAGAAGCUGAGCACAAAGAGGAGUGUGGAUGAGUGUCUCCUACAGGCUCUGGGGCAACUGGAGAGCUUGGCGAGUGGCCACAACGACCCAGGGCUGCAGGGUCUGCCUUUGUGCUCUGAGGACAGUGGCAUUGGUGCUGACAAUGAGUCUGUGCAGCUGGCCGACAAGCUGGGCAAGCAAGCCAGCUGGGACUCAGUGCCAGAGGCCGAAGAACCAGUGUUUCCAUCCACAGUGGAAGCCAGGCUCUCGGGACAUGCCUGGCAGCAAAGUCCUUUCCAGAUAGGUUCAGACCAACCGCAGGACUGCCCACUCUCGAGGUCUCCUAGGGCGAAGGUCCAGCCAGCGGUACAAAGUGGAGCCGGUGGCCCAGGCCCCUCCAGCACAGGCCCAGGAAAAGCUACCUCCAGCCCCCUGGGGAUGGCCAAAAGCACUCGGCAUGAUUCCCUUGGGAUUGGGAUCUCCAGGGCAGCACAUUUUUCUAAAGGCUCCAAGUUGAUGGACAUGCCUUCCCUCAGUGAAGGUGAGAACAGCAGCCCAGAUGAAGAGGAAGACCGAGUGAGCGGCAUGAGUCCCUGUGCAUGGCGGGAAAAUUCUUCCCAUCCAAGGCCAUGGUCUUCACCUGGCCUGUUUCAGCCACACCCCAGGAGACUUCGGAACCCCCAAGCCCAGGAAAUGAUUCUGAAGAUGAAGGAAGCAAUCAGCGAAAGGAUCAAGUUUGUCCCUGUGCCCUCGGGGCCCCAGGACUGGCCUGACGAGGAGGACAGGAGGACAGCGGUCCCGCCAAGACCUAGCACAGCCAGUGGCAGCAGGAGGGCCCUUGUGAGGCAGAGGAGGUGCCAGUCAGAGGGCUGUCUGAAGAGCCAUGCUGAAGACCCCACCCUCCAGGAGCUGCGCAGGGUCCAGAGAGACCUCAGCCAGAGGCUGCAGGCAUUUUACGCCCUGGGCACACACCAGCGGGGACAGAGCACCGAGCAGGUUCCGCAGCCCAGAGCAGUGGCUCUGAGGCCCGACCACUGCAGGGUCACCCCGAGCAACACCACCAGCAAGCUGAAGGCCUCCCUCACCAAGAACUUCAGCAUUUUGCCAAGUCAGGACAAGAGCAUCUGGCAGAAAUGCAGCCCCCGCCCUGAGAGUGCACAGCCCUGGGCGGGGCUGCCGGUGGCCAUUCCAUCAGGUGAGGAGGCCAGCGAGGCUCUGGGGGCCACAGACGGGAACAUCAGGGGCUGUCCCCCCAGAACAUCGGUCAAGAAACUCAUUGAAACAUUCAGUCCCCCUGAGGUUCUGAGGACACUGGGGGAUUCCAAGGACUCUGGGCCAAACCCGCGUCUCGGGAAGUGGGGGAUCCCCAUCAUGCCUCCCAGGUUUCCCAUUUACAGGGGGCUUGCCCCUUUGUAUCCAAAGCCACAAGUUUCUCCAGCAGCAAGCAGAGACCCCCUCAAGGUGGGCCCAGACUGGAGGCCCUUAGCUCCUAUUUUUCCCCCCGUGCUUACGGCAGAAGCAUCCAAGAGUGAGGACCUCAAUUCCAACUGUGAAACAGAGGAGGACCCCGAGUGUCUCCCUCCACCACCUCUGGAAAUCCUGAUGGACAAAUCCUUCACCUCUCUGGAGCCCCCAGAAAGCAGCCAGCCAGCAGGGAGCUCCUCCACCAAAGAGACCUGUGUGCCAGGGCGGGGAGGGGCUGACCCUGCCCGGAGAACAUGGGCUUCCCCAAAGCUAAGAGCCUCCAUGAGCCCCGCUGACCUGCUACCCAGCAGGAGCACGACCGCCCCCACCGGGCCCCACAGCACAGGGCCAGGGGGCAGAAAGAGCAGCUGCGGUACCAGAAAGCUCACCUUGCACCGUAACCACCCGCCAGCAACCAGCGGAAACCCACAGGUGGAGGGCAGUGGGGCGCCGAGUCAGGCACCUGCGGACGAGGCUGCCGGCCUGUGCGAGCAUCCCCAGAAGGCCAUCCCCUGGCACCACUCUAGCCACACAUCUGGGCAGAACAGGACCUUGGAACCCAGCCUGGCCAGGCCAGCACGAGGGCCAUCUUCUCCUGAGGCCCCCAGACCUAGCCAGGAGAGAAGUGCCCUGCUGGGCAGGAAGGCCCCUCCCUCAAGGGGAUACUGGACACCCCGCGCAGUCAGGAGGCAGUCCUCCCUUCACAGACCUGCCCAGCCAAGUGGCCCCUCUGUGCAUGGCUCCCCCAGCCCCCCUGUCAGCCCUCCAGUGAGCCCCAGGGUGCUAAGCCCCCCAACAAUGAAGAAAGGAGCUUCCCCCGCAACACGGCAGCACAAGCCGCCCAGCCCUGCCUCCGCGAGCCCACCCACACGGCACAAGGCCUCCAGCCCCCCCACCCAGCACACAGAAGCAAGCUCCCCUUCCUCUGGCACCUCCCCAUCCCCCCCAGUGUCCCCUGCUCUGGGGCAGGAAACAAGAGAUUCUGAGAACAGUCGGGCAGCCACAGUCAAAGCAUCUGGGAACACAUGUUCCAUAUUCUGCCCAGCCACCUCCUCUCUGUUUGAAGCUGCACCUCCUUCAACGACCCACCUGCUCACUCCGCCGUCGCUGCCACCCGAAGCCGGGGGCCCUCAUGGAACCCCCGUGGGAUGCUGGAGGGGCAGCUCAGGGCCACGGCCGAGGGCAGGAUCACAGCGGGGCAUGGCCAUGUGCGCCCUCAACCCUCAGCCUUUCAUCAGGAGGACAGCUUCUGACCACCGGCCAGGCAUCCACCUUCCGAUGCCUGUCCCCUGGGCCACCAGCGAAGCUUGUGAAUCCCUACUCAGCAGGAGCAGGUAA